AUGAGCAACGAUCCUAGCAUCUUCCGCUUCACCGACGGCGACACAAUCGAUUCGCUUAUCCACCGUAAUAAGGAGUGGUCUCAGCGUCUCUCUGCUCUCCGACCUGCUCUCUUUCCAGCUCUCGCCAACGCGCAGCAUCCCCAAAUCCUAUGGAUCGGAUGCAGUGAUUCCCGGGUUCCGGAGACCACAGUUCUAGAUCUCCUACCCGGAGAGGUUUUUGUUCACCGGAACAUUGCCAACAUCCUUCCCACAGGUGAUUUGAGCUCUCUUAGCGUCAUCCAGUAUGCCGUUGAGGUCUUGCAGGUCAAGCACAUUAUUGUUUGCGGACAUUACGGCUGUGGUGGUGUUAUGGCCGCUCUGGGCAACAAGAGAUACGGUCUGAUCGAUCACUGGUUGCAAAAUCUCCGCGACAUUCGCGUCGCUAACAAGGAGGAGUUGGCCGCCAUCUCGGACCCGGUUAAGCGUGUCGAGCGCCUUGUCGAACUUAACGUUGUGGCCGGAGUAAACUCUAUUAAGCGCAACGAGAGUGUCAUCGAGGCUAUGGAGGAGCGAGGACUCGAGGUGCAUGGAUUCGUCUAUGAUGUGGCUCACGGGACCUGUGGUGUCUUGGAAGUGCCGGCUGAUCCAAACACGGAUGUCUACUGCUACAAAUGA